AUGGAUGAUGAUGAUGCGCUGGAUGACUCGGAUGAUAAUGACGAUGAUUCGGGCGAUGACUCAAAUGAUGAGUCGGAAAAUGAUGAUGGUAUUGACUCGGAUGAUGAUGAUGACUCGGAUUAUGAUGACGAUGAAGAUGAUGACUCGGAUGAUUUGGUUGAUAAUGAUGAUGAGGAGGAGGAGCAUGAUGAUGAUAAUGACCAAGACGACGGUUCAGUUGAUGACAAGGAUGAUGAUGCUGACGCCGAUAUUGAUGAAGAUGAUGCUUCGGAUGAUGAUUAUAGCAAGGAAGAUGAUGACUUGGCUCAUGAUGAAGAUGAUGACCCGGAUGAGUAA